AGAAAGGAAAGAGAUGCUGCAGAGAGACUGAGAAGGGUCUGAUGAGUUGGUUUUUCCUCUAUCUUUAAUGACAGAACUGUUUUUGUAUUGUAUUUCCUCCUUCAUUUGAUCCCAUGCUCGUCUUGUUCUCUUCUAUAUCUUGCCCUUUUGUCUUCUUUGUCAGCUCCUUCUUCAGAUCCAACUUCCAAAACCCAAACAGCAAACAGCAGCUAUCCCCUCAUCCUUCUCCUCUUUUAUUACUCCACCUCUUUUAUCAACCUCACCUCUUUUGUGUCCGCUUUUGACUACAAACUUUUUAUCUUGGGUUUUGUAAGAAGAUAGAUAGAAAUGGGCACAGGUUGGAGAAGAGCUUUUUGCACAACAAUCCCAAGAGACACAGAAAAACUACAACAGCAGCAGCAGCAGCAGCAGAACCAAACUUUAAGUGGCGAUGGUGACCAAAUCCCAAGCCCAAGUCCCAGUCACAGGAGCUGUGCAAAGUUCGGUUUUUUAUCCAGCGGAAGCAAUCCCUCCACUCCUCGUUUGCAGUUCCAAAGCCCCAGAUUGCGCUGCAAAACUUGUGCACCUUCUUCUAAUAAUGACACCCCCCUCAUUAGCCCACAGCUCCAUUGCAAAACCACUAAUAAUACUCCAAAAUCUUCCACCAAGAGCCAAAAACCACGUUUUGGCUCUAACCCUUCUUCUCCGAGAUCCCCAUUUAAAAUCCUCAGGAACAGCCUCCGCCUCACCAGGAAUAGUUGUGGAGUUUGUAUGCAGAGCGUGAAGGCUGGACAGGGGAUGGCUAUUUACACAGCAGAAUGCUCCCACAGUUUCCAUUUCCCUUGUAUAGCUGCACAUGUGAGGAAACAAAGCACCCUCAUUUGCCCAGUUUGCAAUUCCUCUUGGAAAGAUGUCCCUUUAUUAGCCAUCCACAAGCUUCAACAACAAAGCCACCAACAUCAAGGGGCCGCGGUAGAACAAAAGGACAUAAUGGUCGAUACUACCACCGCCCAAAAAUGCUACCAAGAAACCAAAUCCAAUCAUUCCCAACCCCACAAUUUCUUACCAAACCUCAAAACCAAGCAACAACAAGAAAAAAUCCCAAAUGCCAAGCAGCAGCUGAAUUCCAGACCCUACAACGAUGAUGAGCCUUUGGUUUCACCAACAGCAGGGGUUGCUAAAUUUAUUCCUAUUCCAGAGGCGAAUGAAGAAGACCAGGACGGUGAUGACGUGGAAGUUGAAGAAUUUCAAGGCUUCUUCGUCAACCCGGUUCCGAGUGAUGAUGCUUUGGGAUCGUGUCCCAAUAAAGAUUUCAGAAACGUGGAAGUGAGUUUAUUGCCUGAAGCCGGCGUUGUCUCCGCGACUCGAACCCAUGAAACUCUUGCUUUCGUCUUGAAAGUUAAAGCUCCACCUCCCCCGCCACCCCUGGCGCACAAUAGCAACUCAGUGCACUUUAAGGACCCGGCGCGUCGCGCGCCUAUUGACUUGGUGACCGUGCUGGAUGUGAGUGGGAGCAUGACUGGAGCCAAGCUUCAUAUGUUGAAACGAGCCAUGCGGCUCGUUGUUUCCUCCCUGGGCUCGGCUGACCGGCUUUCGAUCGUUGCCUUCUCGGCUACUCCGAAAAGGCUAAUGCCUUUGAGAAGGAUGAAUCCUCAGGGUCAGCGUUCGGCUCGCCGGAUAAUCGACCGGCUGGCUUGUAGCCACGGUACCAGUGUUGGUGAGGCUUUGAAGAAAGCUACUAAAAUUCUUGAUGACCGGCGGGAGAGGAAUCCGGUUGCCAGCAUUAUGUUGCUAUCGGACGGUCAGGAUGAAAAGGUGCAAACUAAUGGUAGUGAUAAUCAACGGCAAAGAUCAUCAUCCCGCGUUUCGUCCACCCGGUUUUCUCACAUAGAAAUUCCGGUUCAUUCAUCCGGUUUUGGUCGGAAAGCCGGCUAUAGCAAGGAGCCAGCCGAGGAUGCUUUCUCAAAAUGCGUUGGUGGUCUGUUAAGCGUGGUGGUUCAAGAUUUACGUAUUCAGCUCGGGUUUUCAUCCGGCUCUGACCCAGCCGAGAUCACAGCCGUUUAUUCCUGUAACGGACGGCCCACAGCUCUUGGCUCUGACUGGAUCCGGCUUGGUGACCUUUACGCCGAGGAGGAGAAGGAAUUGCUGGUGGAAAUGAGGGUCCCGGCAUCAACCUUUGGGACCCACCACGUGCUAUCAGUUAAAUGCUAUCACAAAGAUCCGGCGACCCAGGAGGCGGUUUCCGGCAGAGAACAGGCUUUGCUGGUGCCUAGGCCGCAAGCUGUCAGAGCAUCAAUGCCCAGAAUCGAACGGCUGAGGAAUCUUUUUAUUACUACGCGAGCAAUUGCGGAGUCUAGGCGAUUAAUUGAGCAGAAUGAGCUGACAAGCGCCAUGCACUUGUUGUCUUCGGCUCGAGGUUUAUUGGCGCAGUCGAGGUGCGAAUCGGCUGGUGAGUACGUAAGAGGCUUGGAAGCUGAGCUAGCUGAGGUGCAGUGGAGGAGGCAGCAUGAACAGCAGUUGAUGGAGCAGCAGCUGAUGAUCCAACGGCGGAAAGUGAAUGAGAAGGAAGCCGGCUUGUUUCUGGAUGAGAAUGGUGAGCCGCUGACUCCAACAUCGGCUUGGAGAGCGGCUGAGAAGCUGGCUAAAGUGGCCAUGAUGAAGAAAUCCGUGAACAGAGUCAGCGACUUGCACGGCUUUGAAAAUGCUAGAUUUUGAUUACUUUCUCUUUUUUUUUUUUUAUCUUUUUUAUUUUUUUCCCUCUCUUUCUGAAAAUAAAUAAAAAGGAAAAAAAAACUUUUAUAUCGAAACAUAGAAAUUUCCGAUGUUAAGGUGCUGAGAAGAAGGAAGGAGUGGGCCUUAUGGUCCACAAAAAAUAGAAUAGCGACAGUUGGGAUCCGACGGCCCGGCUCUUUCCGCAGGGAGUGUCCCCAAAGGCCCACUCUAGAUUGAUUGAUUGAUGGGCCCUAAUUUGUCUUAGGCUCUUGGCAUGGAUAGGGGUUGCUUUUGUGGGGACAAUUGAGCGGGGUCUUGAUCUU